AUGCUCUUAUGCCGUACCCAAAGCUCCAAGACCCCUCAGACAUUGUUCGGUGAGUUCGUGGAUACCGGCAUUGUGCGAUCGAAGACCACCACCAACUGGAGAGAUUGGCACCACCUCCUCGCAGAGAACUACGUUGAAUGCGCAUCGGGUGAAGCCUUGACGGCCUUCAAGCUGGAUGCUGCCAAGAGCAUCUACAAAUACGAGUGCAGCAAGAUUGGUGGCUUGGGCGCCUGCUUCGAUUACUACAGCGCCCAGGUCGAGAUCCCGAGCUUCAGCCAAUCGAUCAACCACUGGGCGAAGCCGAUCCGGAUGAUGCCGGUGAGCUGUGGGCAGAAUGCCGUGCUGGGCAGCUUCCAUUUCGAGUUCUCUGAGGGGGGGAAGUGGGGUCGCGUGCGUUACCAGUGCUGUAAAGCCGGUGGGGCACCUAUGAGCUUCGACCCGCGCGGGCAACUGCCCGAGCUGGUGGGCCGCUACGACGGCAUCUAUUGCCCGAGCAGCCGUGAUGCUCACAGCGGUCGGGUGAAGUUUGAAAGUGGAUCUGGGCUCACCUUGUCUUUCGAGCGCAAAUCCGGCCAAUGGUGCCUGGAUUCCGAGUGCUCGGACGUCACAGACAGCGCAUCUCCCCUGGGAAUCAAAGGUGCUGCCUUCGAAGUGGUAAAUGUGAGCGAUUUCGACGGCGAGUUCCUCGGGCAGAUGCCCAAAGAGAAGAAUAAGGCAGGCCUGGAGGUUAGCGACCGGAUAGCAGCUGUUUACGUUGUUGUGGAGGGUGCUUGGCGCUCGUGGAGGGCCAGCGAGGAGAUCGUGUCCCGGGUUGCGAUCAGCCGGGCGGAGGCUUUAGAGACCAUGGCGAACAAGCAAGGUCAGGUGCCGAAGGUGGUCUUCUCUGAUGGGAGCGGGGUCAAAGCCAAGCCGGAGGGCAGCGGGGCGAGCAAGGCGAUCCCUGAUGAUGGGGACCUGGAAAGUGAGGCGGAGAGCAUGUCAGAGGAUGGUGUGUCGCCCAAGAGGGGGCGAGAGAUGCCUAGUGAGAGGCCUCCCAAGCGCAGGGGCAGAGGGUCGGCAGCAAAAACAGGCGUCGAGCCGGUUCUGGACCUCAGCCAGAUGGAGAGACUCUUGGAGCAACAUGCCGAAAAGAUCAUGCGUGCACAGAAAGACAAUCUUGACGGGAUGAUGGGGCUUUUCGAACAAAAGACCAAUGCAAAGAUCGAGAAGGUUGAACAGAAGACAGAUCAGAUGGACACACGAGUUCGAGCAGUCGAGGAGCGGAUGGUGCAAAUGCAGGAGCAGCUCAACCAGGCACUUCGAGGCGAAAGGGCCAGGGGCGGAGCGGAAGUCGACCGUCGAAUGACCCUGGUGUAUGGAGGGUGGGAGCGGGAGACGCGGAAAAGUACCAUACUGCAGCAGCUCGACGAAGCCCUCGAACAGCUCAAUCUUCGCUGCCUGCUAGACAGUGCGCCGUUCUGCACUGGACCAAGGCGUAGCACAGCUAUGUCCACCUUUGAGGUUCGCGAAGGCGAGACGGAGUUUGCCGCAAGGAAAAGAAUGCACACCGUCAUCUUAGGGUUGGCAAGCAGUGCUGUUCAGGUUCCACCGAACGGAAAAAAGAUGUUCGCCACGUAUUCAAAAAGCAGAUCGGAGCGGUCCAUAGCCAAUCAUGCAGGGUGGGUGAAGAGAUCCUUGGCAAGCCUCGGCCAGCAGCACAUCGAACAGUUUGAUGUUGAGUACAGUUCGGGAACAUGCUGGUACGGAUCCUCCAUGGUUGCCUCAGCCACCAAGCCCACACCACCGGGGUGUGACGAGAAGGGCAUCCUCCGGGAGGAGAAUGAAGGGCACUCAGUGUGGGUUGACAUGGGAGCCUUGGCUAAGGAAGUGCUGGCAGAGACACAGCACAGCAUGGCGCUGCAUGAUCUAGGGGUGCCAGGGCAAGAUGACACCCUGAUAAGACAUGCCACCUUCUCCAACGAGUUCUGGGUUGGCACCGCGCACUUUGACCCGGGCUGCACACAAGUAGUUCACAGGGCUGCCGUUGAAGAACACCUCUCGAAGUUGAAACCUACCACACUCCCGGUUAUCCUCGCCAGCGACGUAAAUCCACAGAUUAAGUGGGAACAGACGGAGGAGGGCGAUUCGCGUCCUUUUGGUAGGGAUGGCAAAACAGUGGGCCUCCUAGAUGCGACUGCUACCAGAGGGUUCCGACUUGCAGCCCCGGCCUACUCGCAGUUCGACACGCCAACGAGCAGGCCAAGGCAGGAGGGCAGGCUGGGUAAGCAGAUCGACUGUCUUUGCAUCAAAGGGGUGAUGGUGCCACAGCUGGAGAUCCUUCAGGAUAGUCACAGGAGCCUGGGCACAGAUCAUGAAGCCUUGCAGGUCAAGAUACGACUCCGAGCAGAAGGGAAACGUCGGCUACACAGUACCAGACCCAGGGUUUGGAAAGGGGGACCAAGUCACAUCGAACACAUUGAUCAGAAUGUCCUCAAAGACCUUGCUCGCAAGUGCACAAAGCCGAAGCCAGGGGCAAGCUAUAGAGAUCCUCCUCAGGUGAAGGAAGCAGUGCAGAGAGCAAGACGAGAAGCAGACAGAGAAGGGUGGAAGACGGUUCAGAAUCUCAGAAAAAAGGCCCGAAAGAAAUGGGAAAGCGACCGCAUACGGCAGGCAACAGAGGGGGAUUGGGCACAGGUGAGAAAGUUGAGAAUGCAGCGAAAUGUAGGAUGGGACACCCAUUAUGCUGAAAACCAACAAGAGGGCAAAGCACAUGACAGCAUCCAUCGUCACCUCAGCUCCAUCUACCAGACCGGCAGGGUGCUUCCUGAACUCCCACCUUGGCAAGGGGAUGCACAGGCAUUCACGGAAGAGGAGCUCAAGGCAGCGAUGGCGGCGGGUGGCACAGGCAAGGCUGUCGGGGUUGAUCUCACCAGUCACGAACUGCUCCAAGGAAUUUGCAACACGCCGGGGGGACUCUCUCACCUGCUUGAGUUUUACAACCAGGUCUUGUGUACAGCAGAGAUCCCGAGCGAUUGGAACAGGGUCCUCAUGGUGGUGAUUCCUAAAGUUGCAAUGCCCACGGAUCCAGGGGAGCUACGACCGUUGGCUAUGGGCAGCGCCGUCGCGAAGGUCUUCGCGAGAAUGCUCCUUGCCAGAACCGAACCCAAGAUUAGAAUCAAGGGUCCGGAACAGUGCAGUGGCAAAGGACGCCAGUGCUGCGAUUUCGUGUUCGUUGUUUCCAGGCUGGUCCAACUCGAGCAGGAGUGGAAGCGAGGGGUGUGUUGGCUUAAGGUUGACCUUGCCAAGGCAUUUGACAGGGUUGACAGACGAGUGCUAACAGACCGACUUCUGCAGAGGAUGGGUAUGUGCCCGGAGUACAGAUGUUGGUACAACUUGCUCAGGAAUACUGAUGCCAUUCUUCAGACUGACUGGGACAGUACAGUCAUCAACAUGCAUGAUGGUGUCAAGCAAGGUGCCAUUGAGUCUCCGGCAUUCUUUAGCUUUCUGGCAGAAACCUGCCUACACGAGGCCUCAGACCGCUACGAGUGGCACAAGACUGCGAAUGCCUUCGAAGGACUGGAUCUCAAUAACCUUCUCUACAUGGACGAUGGUUUGAUGUGGAGUCAAGGGAUUCAGGGGAUCGAGAAAAGGGUUGCGCAGUGGGGAGUUGUCUUACAAGAAUUCGGCCUGAGCAUCAAUGCAAAGAAGUGCCAGUUGUACGUGUCGCCCUACCACACAGGGAAGAGGACUAUCAGGGUACAAGGGGAAUUGCUUCAUGCGGCAGACGAGCUGAAGAUCUUGGGUCUUUCUUACCGUGUGGGAGCCACACCCUCGGAAAUGAUUGCCCCCCUCAUCGCAAAGGCCAGGGCGAAAUUCUGGGGUGGACUUCGUCAUUUGCUCAGAGCCAAGACACCGGUGGGUGGAAGGGUUAGACUCAUGGAGCGGGUCCUAGGGGGCACUGUCCUUUGGCCACUUGCUGCCCUGCCAAUGGACUCUUCCAGCUUGGGUCUAGUCAACACACUACAACUCCAGAUGUGCAUAUGGAUCAUGCGUGUCGCGAAGAAGCCAGAGGAGGGAUGGGUCCAUUUCAGGGAACGAGCAUUUCGUGGGGCGAGAGCAGUUGUCCACAAAUACUCGAAAAAGCGAUGGUCAACCCUCUGGCUAGAACGCUGGUGGCAGUAUUCGGGACAUAGGCAGGGUUGGAAAGAAUUGCUCACGGCUUGGAUUGUGCAGAAGGACCUCCCGUGGGCGAGUCUCCGACAGCUCAGCCUGGUCGACGAGGCGAAGUGGAAUGCAGACUCCUUCAGUUCAAAACCUAGCGUUCCCCGAGUGAUGACAUCCAUGAUGCGUUUCGCCUACGGGUUGGGAUUGACUGCGACUGCAUUCUGCUUUGCCGCGGUCCCCCCGCCUGAUGGCCACCUACAUAUCGACCACAAGUUUGGCGCCUACGCCACUUUCUUUUCGAAUCAGCUCACAACUCGUGGAGAUGAACAAGAUGCAGUGCACCAAGGUGACAAAUUCUUCGGGGAAUCUUCUCACACCGCACAGAAGACGGUGUACCAUAAGGGACCUGAUGGAGAGAAGAACGUGAACAUCGAGAGUGAAGUUGAAGGGUUCAUGCAGACCUAUAUCGACAACCCGGCUUGGUACGCUUUUCUCCGAGGCUUGCGAGUGUCACUUGAGAACAUGGCGAAGAUCAAGAGAGCAGCAGUUAUACACGGAAUGCUCUGCAGACUUGAGUGGCAUGCCACCAACCGGAGAGAUGGCUACCUGCUUGGGCACAUGAAGGGGCGUACUGCUGAGCUCCUCGCAGUGCUUGUGGCGUUCAAGGACGAGACAGAGUAUGACCCAGCAGAGGAAACCCCGGAAGAAAUGGAGGGUAUAUGGAAUGAGGCUACGCACUUCGUCGAGAUGCACCCGGGCUCACCGAGGGCCGAGGGGAGACGAGUGGGAAACGAGAGCCCACUAAUCAUGCUCUCGAAUCGGGAGGUGCCCUCGGAAUUCCUGACACCUCCAAUGACACCCGUGGCAACGCCUGAAGCAGAGGCUCGAAAUGUACGACGAAGAUGUGAAUUGGAGGUGGAGAUCAGUACAGGUUCCAGGGACUGCCCGACACACAGCAGUCGGAUGAGGGUUCCGGUGCCAAUGGACAACGAAAGAGGAGAAGUGAGACUUAGCUUCGCCUUCAUGCGGGACACGGGGUCUGACACAGAGGAGGCCGAGACGGGGACCAACCCGGGCGGACUUGAGUGCGCCGGGCAACGGAUCUGCUCAUUCAAGCCUGGGGAGACGCUGAUGGGCACCAACAAGACGGACCAGAACAAGCAAGAACCCGCCAACCAUGAGGACACGGACGACCCGGUGCUCCUGACCAUGUACUCCAAGGCUGCCCUACUGGGGGCAACUCUCGUGCCGGGUCAAGGAAUGGACCACACCGACCCGAUAAGGAGCCUACUACGCGAACACCUGCUUCGACAGAGAGGAGAAGGUGUCACAGUCCGAGAGCAAGCGAGCACACUGUUCUACCUCAUGGAGAACAGGGCAAGCCAGCACUACAUGGAACAGUUCCCGGAUUAUAUAGAGGACUUGGGGCUAGAGGUUGAUGUGGAUGCCAGUGCCCGCUGCCUGCCAGGACCGACGCCGUUCUACGUAUGGGUGGAAGAAGAACUGUGGCAACAGUUCGUGGACUUCUUCGAGGCAAUGAGCAUGGAGAAGAUGGGCAGGCAUGGAAGGCAACCAGGGGAGACCAGGAUGCUGGGGGCGACACGGGACGCCCGGGGCAUCCGGCUCAAGACCGCCUUCAAGUACCAGAGGGCCGGCCUCAUCGGGGUCAGGCGACCAGGGGAAGAACAACUUGAGCCCUCGAAUGCCCUCACAAAACAGGCACAGAACUCAGCAAAAACAGCCCUCCGCCGACUCAGUGAACGUGAUCUCCAAACAAUGGUACAAGGGCUUAUGCGAUUAAUGGGGAUGAUGUACAUCGAGCUUGCGCGCAUCAUCAUCACCACCCAGGACGAGAGACGACGACACGAUGAAGAAGAAGUGGAGAUAGAAGUGGAGGAAGAAGGGGAUGACGACGAGAGUAUCUACAUGCAAAAGUAUGUGAACAUGAAGGUAGGAAACAGGUGGGGCAGCCUCUUGCAGGACUUGGUGAACCUUGGAGAAGACCAGACGAAUGGCAACCUGCUCAAGGGGCUGCUCAGAAGGAUCGGCGCCAGCUUGUAUCUUCAAACGUCUCGGGGAGCCCAGCUCCAGGCUGCGCUCGUGGCAGCUACAACGAGCCUUACGGACUCCAUGCCGGAGGUAUGUGAGACGGAAGAGAAUGAAAUGGAGAGAAUGGAGACCUGGACCUACCUGCACCAGCUCCUCGACAUCGGCUUGGACACUCGGACCAACAGGAAGCUGCACAACGUCGGGCAGAUGAGAGCAGACUCGCGGAGUAUGAGGAUGGACCAGUUCAGCUUCACAGUGCGAGUGGAGAACCAACCUGAGGAACCACACUCCGAUGCCGCUGUCCUCUCCGGUCAAGCGGGGCUCACCGUGGACAUGAAUGGGCCCACCUACCAAAGGACCUAUGAGGCUUGGAAAGCUGGGGAAAUUACAGAUGCCGGGGUUGAGCGGAUCUUCGGGGCAGACAUCCUCUUCCUGUACCAGGUGACCAGAGAGGGCAUUCCGGGCGACACCCUUCAGGCACUUCCUGGUACCUCGUCGUUGGGGGGUUCAACAGCAGAGAUGGAGUUGGGACAGACACAACUGGACAGAACCAACACGGAGGACGGAGGGCAAUGGGGUCACGAGCUCAAGAAAGGGCAAAGGGUCUUGGAUCUCAAUGACACCGAG